AUGUCUCGCCGUCGUGCCUCUCACAGCGAAUCUUUGGGAAUUUCAUCUACUAUGAACGAAGCUCUUGCCUAUCCUUUCUCCGGGAUGCAGCAAGCCAAUGCUCCACAGCGACGCGGCCCGAUCGAAGGGCCCAACGGUCGACGCUUGAUUCGUAGGGUCACCUGGCGAUCCUCCACGUACAAGUUGAUGGCUUGUCUGUGGGUGUUGGGUGUCUUUUAUAUCGUCUGGCUGAUUCGGGAUGUCUUCUACUACCCCUUCUACGCCUCUUCCAAACAGCCACUCACCCCCAAAGACACGAAUGAUUUACUGGCUCCCUAUGUGGGUCGUCAAGAGUGUGACAUUUCUUCCCUGUCCCUCUUCAGCCCCCCUCAACCCGGUGAUGGCGAACGUGCUUCAAGCAAUCCAUACUGCCAAUCUCGUGAUGCCCUGCUCAACGCCAUGAGCAAUGGCGGGCGUCACGGUUUUGACGCUGCGUAUACCUCUCAAGGCAAGUGCCAAAUCGAUGGAUGCUCUUAUCGUUGGUUCACUAGCGCCGAAGUAUGCGACAUUCUUCGGAAAUUCGAUGGAAUUGUCUUUGUGGGUGAUGAUACCUUGGCCGAUGCCUAUGCAGGCUUCAAUAUUCUUCUGCGGGAGGACCUGGCCACUGGAUCCCUGAGAGAGUGGGAGAUAAACAAAGGACAUGACCAUGAUUGCCGAUGUGAAUCCCAGUUCACCAGUAAAUCGUGCCUACCUCUGCGGAUUACUUCGAGUGAUGAGGUAUACGCUCAAGAAGGAAGCAGUGCCCCUCGCAGGCCUUACGCUUGUUCAUCCCGUAUUCCUCAUGCCUUCCUCGCUACAGCCAGUUCUCCUGCCCCAAGGGGUGUGUAUGACAAAUUUCGUCGAAUGGUCGCCCGAGGAGUUGGCCGAAACAGACCCGUUCCCGUGAUCCUGAGUCUUUCCCUUUCCACAUCCUAUUCCCUGUCUACAGCUAAAAGCAGCAUGGAUGAAUGGCUCACACUGGCCCAGGCCAGUGGACGGAACACCCCUUUUCUAUGGGUAGGUCCGACAGCUCCUGGUCUUCAAAAGGACUCGAAGGACAACAUCCACGCAUCCAGCUGGCAGUAUUCACAAGACGCCGCCCAAGAAGCCCGCAACAGAGGCUUGGAUGCUCUGGGAAUGUACAAUGCGACCCUUCAAGCUGAUAGUUGGGAUGGUAAGCACUACGGAGAGAAGGUAGCUUUGAUACAAGCGAUGAUGGUUAUCAACUGGCUGGCUAUGCUCUGA